CAAACACAUAAGACUCCAUCCAUGCAAGUCAGAAUCACUACUAUGGAGAAGCAUGCUGAUAUACAGGGAGACUCGACAUGAGAUCAAUGAUUCUCAUUUUUGACCUCUUCGUCUUCUUUCAAACGUAAAUGUAAGAUUAUAUCUGAUCACGCCUUUCCUUCCUUUUAUUACAACCUAAUAGAUAUAAUGGUGCAAUUCACUCAUGUUAACGUCUUCGGCACCUGCUUUGAGGUUACAACAAGAUAUCACCACCUACUGCCUUUGAAAAUUGAAGCUUCAAGCCUUCGCUGUUCCGCGAUCGAUGAGUUGAUAUGCAGUCAAGUUACAGUCAAGAAGAUAACCAAGCCAUUCAGAAACUCUGAGCUUUCUCAGAAAGCAUACUUAGAGCUGAAGCUGCUGAAGCAUCUCAAACAUGAAAAUAUUGCUGCUCUGCGAGAUGUGUUCAUGUCACCAGAGGACAAUAUAUACCUCAUAACCGAACAUCAAGAUGCGUCGCUCGAACAGCUUAUCCUAUCUCAGCCUCUUGGGGAAACUCAUUACACGAAAGUAUUUCUCUAUCAAAUUCUUAGAGGAUUGAAAUACAUUCACUCAGCGAACGUGGUGCACUGCAAUCUGAAACCAUCCAACAUCCUCAUUGGUCACAACUGUGAUCUACGAAUAACCGAUUUCGACCACGCACGCAUUCAGGGCACAAAGGUAACGGAGCCUUUCAGUGAGAUUCAAUGCUUCCGUACCCCUGAGCUCCUAUUGGGUGAAUGUACCUACGAGUUCGCCAUCGACAUGUGGAGUGUGGGAUAUAUAUUUGCGAGGAUGAUCAAUAGAGAACUAUUCAGUCUCGAAGACUGGAAAGUCAACUCGCUCCACGCGAUUGGGUAUCCUCCUAGAAGUAUGAUGAGUGGCAUCGAUGAUGCAAAUAUAUCAGAAAAUCUCGAGCCUCUCCUGAACACCCGGUGCAAGCCCCUGAGGUGCUAUAUCAAUACCACUGAUCUUGAAGCCAUGGGGCUCGCGGAGCACUUACUCGCCUUCGAUCCCAAAGCGAGAUAUCAAGCCAACCAGGCAUUGCUUCACAAAUACGUCUCAUUUUACCAUGACCCCGAUGACGAACCGGUCUCGGAACAAAGAUGGUCAGUCUCUGACACGGAUUACGUCAACUUGCCAGUGGAUACUUGGAAAACCCUAAUCCUCUCCGAGAUCCUUGAUCAUCAUAAUAAGCAGCUAUCAAGCGAAGUUAGCUCGAAGUAUGUAAUGGUUGAAAUGAAAUGAGUCAGGGACUAAUGAGAUCUAUCAAGAACUGAAAGCUUUUGCGACAAUGUUUCCUUUGUCAUUUUUGUCUCAUUGACUCAUUGAAUGGGAUGAGGGUUACAGGCUCGCCAUCAAUUUGGAUUCCUUAGAUGUAUGUAUGAAUAUGAGUUAUGGAACCGCUGCGUAACACCUAAUAAAUUGAAUCUUUCUAGAACUAUUGUCAUUUUCCGCAUCACUACUUUCCCAACCAUGACAGCCUCUUCUCCCGCCCCGCCACCCCUGAAACUUCCAUCUCGAGAAGAAAGAGCGGGCUUCCAGCCUAAGCUGAGUAGGGCAAUAAGACCGGUACUAGAAUAACCUGCUGACAUCCCCAGCAGUUCUAUAUCUGACCGAGGCACCUCCCAAACAUGGUUAUCGCAAUCGCUAUUUCCUACUAGCUGCUUGAGGAACAUGAUACUUUAGCAGAACAUCGAAAGGGUAGAUUGAUUUGAUACCGUCAGUGGGUAAGCAGAUGGUUAACCUUUGGUGUGUCGGCCAAGUGAGUGUAUGAUCUGCUUCAUGGAGCCAAAAAUUUUGUCUUCAUGGGGGCUCUCAGCAGACGGAGCAAACCAUAUAGGAAAAAAGAUUCAACAGUAUCAAUCUUGAGAAAUACGAGGCUACAAAACCAGCUAGGUACUUGAGGUGUACCAAAAAAAGGCAUGAGAUUGUGAAUAGCCAUUUCUCAAUCACUAUAAUGCUUCUCUACCAUUAUAUCCAGCCUGAACGCCAUCGGAAAAAGUAGAUGGAGGCUUAGAAAAAAGCAAGGCAACGUAAAUGAAAUUUACGUUUGAUCCAUAUCUGGGAAUGUAGGGGUAAAAUAAUUAGUUGUUUCUUCUGUAGCUGUCGUAUAUAGGA